UCCCAAAGCAGACCCCUUUCCACCAUGACGAACAAGGCUUACAUCGUCGGCGUUGGCAUGAGUGAGUCGCAUCCGCUCACUGAUCUUCUUUCUUUUUUCUUCCACAAGUAGCCAGAGCUAGCCUCUGACAGACUGCACCCGCACCCUCACCUGUCACCAGCUAAAUUCGACAAGCCGCGCGGCGAGCGCGACUACCCCGAACUCGGCCUUGAGGCCGCCGUGAAGGCGCUCAUCGACGCCGGCGUGACAUAUGACGACGUCGAGACCGUCGCCGUCGGCUACGUCUACGGCGACAGCACCUGCGGCCAGCGCGCCGUCUACCAGCUCGGCAUGACCGGUGUGCCCAUCGUCAACGUCAACAACAACUGCUCCACCGGCUCCUCGGCGCUGGCGCUCGCCGCGCAGGCCGUCCAGGCGGGGCAGGUCGACUGCGCCAUGGCGCUCGGCUUUGAAAAGAUGCAGCCCGGCUCGCUCUCCAAUGCAUUCAGCGACCGCGCGGCGCCCAUGGAGGGCACCAUUUCGCAGCUCUACGAGAUUGAGGGCGAGAAGGAGUACGUCACUGAAGAUUUUGGCCCAUUUGCGGCGCGCAUCUUUGGCGCAGCCGGCCAGGAGUACUGCGAGCGCUACGGGGCAACCUGGGACCACAUCGCCGCCAUCGCCGCCAAGAACCACCAGCACUCCAAACACAAUCCUUACGCCCAGUUCCGUACGACGCCCUCGGCGCAGGACGUUGCCAAGGCGCGCAAGGUCACCCGCGAGGUCACGUUGCCUAUGUGCAGCCCGACAUCCGACGGUGGCGCCGCCGCGAUCAUCUGCAGCGACGCCUUUGUCCGCAGGCACAACCUCCAGGACCGCGCCAUCGAGCUCGCCGGUCUCGGAAUUGCGACAGACAGCGUCAGGCUCUACGAAGACCGCAGCCGCAUCGAGCUCGCCGGCGCCGACAUGAGCCGUCGCGCCGCUGAACGCGCGUACAAGCAGGCUAACAUCGGCCCCAACGACGUCCAAGUCCUCGAGCUGCACGACUGUUUUGCACCGAACGAGCUCGUCACUUAUGAGGCCCUCGGCCUCUGCCCGAAAGGCCAGGCGCACAAAAUCGUCGAGCUCGGCGACAAUACACACGGUGGUAAGUGGGUCAUCAACCCGUCAGGUGGCCUCGAGAGCAAGGGCCACCCGCUCGGCGCGACCGGGCUCGGGAUGGCUUUCUAUAUGGUCCACCAGCUGCGGGGCACCGCCGGCCCGCUGCAGGCGAAGAACGUAGAGCACGCGCUGACGCACAACAUCGGCCUUGGCGGCUCAUGUGUCGUCACCGUCCUGCGCCGGCCUGCGUUCUUCCAACAGGGUGCGUACGACCCCAAGAAGCUUUUCGGCUAUAAUGUUGGCUACGAGACGCAGCGCCUUACCGAGGCAGAGCUCGACAGGGCCAAGAGCAAGAAGGCCUACUCGGAUUACCUUCCUGCCAAGCUCUAGAACCGCGUAGACGGGUGCCGCGCGUAGAGCCAGAGAGUUAUAUCGUCCUGGAAGAGGAAGCAAGUGCUUCGAUCCUCCGAUCGGUUUCGAUCAGUGUACACUAAUACUUGCACGAAAAUCGACAUGCCUCGC